ACACACACAGGUAGCGCGUAUGUUGCUCGUAUUUAUGGUCCCGCUUGCCAAUGAGAUAACUCUUCCUCUUGUCCCUCCCCUCGCAAAGGGCUUUAAAAGGACCGGUUUGCAUGUUGGUCUGUUCAUUCCGACACCUUCACUUGCACUCUCUGUCAACAUGGACUUUUGCAAAAAUGCAACAGAGCGGCCAGAGCCUCUGAAGGCAGAAGUGAAAGGGAACAUCCCCUCCUGGUUGCGAGGCACAUUACUGCGCAAUGGCCCCGGGAUCUUCUCGGUGGGCGAUACCAGCUACGACCACUGGUUUGAUGGCAUGUCCAUCAUGCACAGCUUCUCCUUCAAGGAUGGUGAAGUGACUCACCGAAGUCGGUUCCUGAGAAGUGACACCUACAAAGCCAACAUGGAGUCCAACCGAAUUGUUGUGUCUGAAAUGGGAACAAUGGCUUACCCUGACCCGAGCAAAAACUUCAUUGUCAAGGCAAUCACCUUCCUCAACCACACAGUGCCUGACUUCACAGACAAUGGUGCCAGCAAUUUUAUCAAAUACGGUCAGGAUUAUUUCGCCACCUCAGAAACCAACUACAUUCGCAAAAUUGACCCAGUCACUCUGGAAACUCAGGAUAAGGUGGACUAUAUGAAGUUUGUACCUGUGAACUUGGCGACGUCCCAUCCGCACUAUGACAAGGAGGGUAACGCCUACAACAUGGGUACUUGUAUCGCCGAAAAGGGCAAGACGAAAUACCUGCUGUUCAAAGUCCCCGCUGUUUCGCAGAAAGACAAAGACAAGAAAGUCCCCGCUCUGAAGAAUGCAGAGGUGAUCUGCUCAGUACCCUGCCGUUCCCUCCUGACGCCGAGUUACUACCACAGCUUCGGCAUGACAGAGAACUACUUCGUCUUCAUCGAGCAGCCCUUCAAACUGGACAUCCUCAAGAUGGCCACCGCCUACAUGAGGGGAGUCAACUGGGCCAGCUGCCUCAAGUUUUGUCCAGAAGAAAAUACUCUGAUUCACCUGAUAGACAGAAAGACAGGCAAAGCGGUGGAGACUAAGUACUACACUGAAGCUAUGGUCGUCUACCAUCACGUGAAUGCUUUCGAGGUCGACGGCUGCGUCAUAUUUGAUGUCAUCGCCUACAAGGACAACGGCCUGUAUGACAUGUUUUAUGUGAGAAAUCUGAAGGAAACGCCGGGAUCUCGCAACGAAAACUACUCCAAACCAAGUUAUAAGAGAUUUGCGCUUCCCGUUCAAGCAAACAAGGGCGCGGCGAUCGGAGAAAACCUGGUGAAAGUCACAUGCACCACUGCCACGGCGGUGAAAGAGAAAGAAGGCAAACUCAUAUGCCGAGCGGAGGUGCUCUGUGGAGGGAUUGACUUGCCACGAAUGAAUUACGAUUUUAACACCAAGAGACAUCGCUUCGUGUAUGGCAACUGCGUCGAGGAAUCGGCGCUCUCGAAAGAGAUUAUGAAAUUUGACACCGAAAGCAAGCAAAUGUUGACCUGGAGUGAAGACAACUGCUGGCCAUCCGAGGCAGUGUUUGUGCCCAGGCCCGAUGGCGAGUCAGAGGAUGAUGGUGUGGUUUUAUCAUCUGUAAUCAACACCAAUCCGGGCCAGUUGAACUUCAUCUUGGUUCUUGAUGGCAGGACACUCAAGGAAGUAGCUCGGGGUUAUGUGAACACUGAACUCCAUAAGGACAUGCAUGGAUUUUUUAUCCCUCAGGGAAAUUAGUCACUUAUAAUUGAGUAAGCAUCAGUAUACGUUUUAGCGAAGUAAAAUAUCCACUUUGUCAACAUGUAAAGCAUGUAAAUUACACUCCAGUAUAGUUGGGACUACCAGACAAAGUGAUGAGGAUGAUAUUAUAGAUUGUAUCAAAAUGUUAUUUCAUUUCUGACAGUAUUUACAGAGAGCAAUUUUGUGCUGGUGAAAAUGUAUGCUGCGCUAUCCACUUUAUUCUUGUGUAUCUCUUUGACUUUUGUGCCUCCUGUUUUCACUGAAAAAAAAAUAAAACAUUAAACUCACACUUAUACU